AGCAGAAAACAAAAAGCAUAGGAGAGCAGAGAGACCUAGAUCAAAAUCAUCAGUGUUCAAUCUUCGUUCCCUACAAGCACAUCGAAGCAGCUAGAGAACCCUAAUCAAGAAAUGCAUUUUGGAGAGAGCCCAAUUGAUCAAGAAGACACAGAAAAAUUAGGAAAUGUCGAAACUUGAAACCCUAACAAAGGUAGAAUCAACGAAGAUGGUGAAAUUGUAAAGGCGGAGAGAGAGAGAGAGAGAGAGAGAUAGAGGAGUUCUGGUAUUUGGUCGAUGGUCUCAUGGGUGCUGCGGGUUCGAAGCUCGAGAAAGCUCUCGGAGACCAAUUUCCAGAAGGCGAGCGCUACUUCGGCCUCGAGAAUUUCGGCAACACUUGCUACUGCAACAGCGUCUUGCAGGCUCUUUAUUUCUGUGUUCCAUUCCGUGAACAGUUACUAGAUUAUUAUGCAAAUAGUAAAAAUCCAGCAGAUGCAGAAGAGAAUCUUCUUACUUGUUUGGCAGAAUUAUUUACACAGAUAAAUUCACAGAAGAAGAAAACAGGUGUAAUUGCUCCAAAACGCUUUGUACAAAGAGUGAAGAAACAAAAUGAGCUUUUUCGUGGCUACAUGCAUCAGGAUGCUCAUGAAUUUUUGAACUUCUUGUUAAAUGAACUUGUUGACAUAAUGGAGAAAGAGUCCCAUGCUGUGAAAAGUUCUUCAGAAACUCCUUCACCUUCUGAAAAGAUAGCAAAUGGACCUAAGAAUGCUCAGGCUAAUGGUGUUAAGAAAGAGCCAUUAGUUACCUGGGUUCACAAAAGUUUUCAGGGUAUUCUUACCAAUGAAACAAGGUGCCUAAGAUGUGAGACUGUAACCGCAAGGGAUGAGACAUUCUUAGAUUUGAGCCUUGAUAUUGAACAGAACAGUUCAAUAACGAGCUGCCUCAAAAAUUUCAGUUCGACAGAAACUCUGAAUGCUGAAGAUAAAUUCUUCUGUGACAAGUGCUGCAGUUUACAAGAAGCCCAAAAGAGGAUGAAGAUAAAGAAACCACCUCAGGUCCUAGUUAUUCAUCUGAAACGUUUUAAGUACAUGGAACAGCUUGGUCGGUACAAGAAGUUGUCUUAUCGCGUUGUGUUCCCACUUGAGCUGAAACUGAGCAGCACCAUGGAAGAUACCGACUCUGAGUACUCCUUAUUUGCCGUUGUUGUCCAUGUUGGGAGUGGGCCCAACCAUGGGCACUAUGUCAGCCUUGUGAAGAGCCAUAACCAUUGGUUGUUCUUCGAUGAUGAGAAUGUAGAGAUGAUUGAUGAGUCUGCUGUCCAAACUUUCUUCGGAUCCGCUCAGGAGUAUUCGAGUAACACGGAUCACGGGUACAUCCUCUUUUAUGAGAGUCUUGCUGCUAAUGGAAAAAGUUAAAUAUGCUUCAGAUUAUCUUUUCAUUUCUGUUUUUCUUUGUCGACGCAUAGUAUCUCUGAACUUUCUGUUUCCCUGGACUAGGGUUUUGGUGUACAGUGGAUGGUGGAAAAAAAUUCCAUCCUUUCGGUUGUUUUAUUUUUUUUUACCAAUAAAAGGGGUGUAAAUUUUAAUAAUAGGAGUUUCAGAGAAUGUGGAGUUUUAACUUUGCAAAGAUUAGUACACUUUACAGAAAUGCACAACACAAUUGUACUAGAUCUCCUUUCUUGUAUGAAUUUGAAAUUCUAUGGUAAUAAGUUUCCCUGAACUAGGAAACUUUUAGUUAUACA